UGGGCCCCGGCCCGAUGGGCGUGGUUUUUGGGCGAGCAACAUGGCGCCCGCCAUGCUGGUGCUGGUGGUUCCGCCGUGGCCCGCAGCCCGGGGACUUCUCCGGAAUUGGUGGGAACAACUGCAACGGAAGCUUCAGCACAACCGGCUAGGCCUUCCCCUUCAUCCUUGGGGACCAGCAUUGGCAGUCCAAGGUCCAGCUAUAUGUACAGAACCAGCAAAUGAUACCAACGGAAGCAAGGCGAUUUCCAGCCUUUCGGAUAGUGUCUUUUGGAUGGCAGCUCCCAAAAACAGACGUAGCAUUGAAGUUAACCGGUGUAGAAGAAGAAACCCUCAGAAGCUUAUUAAAGUUAAGAACAAUAUAGAUGUUUGUCCUGAAUGUGGACACCUGAAACAGAAACACGUCCUCUGUGGCUAUUGCUAUGAGAAGGUGCGCAAGGAGACAGCGGAAAUCAGACGACAGAUGGGGAAGCAGGAAGGGGGCCCUUUCAGGGCUCCCACCACGGAGACCGUGGUGCUGUACUCGGGGGAGACACCCUCAGAGCAGGAUCAGGGCAAGAGGAUCAUUGAGCGAGAGCGGAAGCGGCCGUCCUGGUUUACCCAGAACUGACACCAGCCAUGUUUCAAGAGGAUAACGUCACAUGAGACAUUUCUCCUGAAAAAAAAAAAAAAAAGAAAGAUUCUUUGUUGGUUAUGUGGUUUUCUUGGCUAUUCUUCAUUUUUAUGCUUGUUUUUAAAUCAUCAAUAUAGUUGAAAACAUUCUUUAUAAGCAGGUAGUCUUUUGUGGGGAAUUUGAAGCUUAUAUCAGGAGUAACGUUUGCAGGUAUCGAUGCAGAGGCUCAGUGGGUCUGUGUGUCUAUUUCUAUUAUACUAUAAAGUUUUAUAAAACAAACAAAACAUUUCCAGGAUAGAAGAGUGAAGCUAUUUAAAAUUCAUAGCCAGCAUUACACAUUCGGGCUCUGGUUUUGUUUGCCAGUCGUUCUUCUGCACAAGAAUACUUAACACAAAUGCUUUUGUUUGGUUACAUCUAGAAAUGAGUUAUUUAAAUUCUAGAUAACCGUUUUUUUAAGAUGACAGUUGUAGCAGUCAGAAAAAGUUUGUUCUGUUUGUUUUUUUGUUUCAGCGAAUCAACAUUGCCUUCGUAUAUGGCACUUUAUAUGAACGUUAAUUGACUUAGAGGUGAGUCCUCGACAUUUUAUGUUAAAUCAGAAUGACGUUCAGAAUUCAUUAGAUGGUUCAUGAGAUUUGAACUUAAAGUUUUGAGAGUUUUUUUUUAAGGAGAAGUCAGUGAAUCCAGUAGCACACAGAAAAUAUACUGAGGGGAUUUCCCCUGCGUUUUCCUUCUAGUUUAUUUUACAUUUCCUUUUAGUUGAUUUUACUUUUUAUCAUUUUUUUAUUUCCAUCACCAUGGGCUUUUUACUUUGAACGUAAUUCAUUUCAUCUUUCCCUCUCCCUCCCCCAUUCCUGUGUCUACCCUGAGUCCAAGAUUUGCUGUUUCCUGCCUCAUUCAAAAAAAUAAUAAAAGUGAGAUAGUUUGUUAAAACACAAGGAGAA